UGUUUGUGUUACAUUGUCGGCAUUUCCCGAACAGGGCCUUACAGGGGAGGAGUUUGCAAGUACAUUUUACGAUGGAGUACAACUAUUUAGGUCGCUCUGGACUUCGUGUUUCUAAUAUUUGUCUUGGAACAAUGACAUUUGGCAAAGAACGGGUGGAUGCAGCAUUAUCUCACGAAAUACUUGACAAGUUCGUUUCACUGGGAGGGAACUUCAUCGACACUGCGAACGUAUACAGCAUUGGGAUAUCUGAAAGCAUUAUUGGACAAUGGCUGAUCAAACAAAAGCGAGAAGACUUAGUAAUUGCCACCAAAGUCAGAGGAACGAUGGGAGACAAUGUGAACAAUGUAGGGCUAGGGAGAAAACACAUUCUACAGAGCUGUGAGGAGAGCCUCAAGCGACUUCAGACAGACUACAUCGACCUGUAUCAGAUCCACUGCUGGGACGAUGCUGUCCCCCCUGAGGAAUGGCUGGGGGCCCUGAGGGACCUGGUCAGUGCCGGCAAGGUGCGCUAUGUGGGUGUGUCCAACGUGUGUGGAUGGCAGCUACAGAAAGCCGUGGACCUCUGUAAAUACGAGAAAUACCCACCCAUUAUUUCUCUUCAGCAACAGUAUAACUUACUUUGCCGACAUCCGGAGUUUGAGGAGUUCCAGGUCUGCAAAAAUGAAGGGGUUGGUGUCUUACCAUGGAGCCCAUUGAAGGGAGGACUUCUGACUGGUAAAUACAAGCGUGGAGUCAAACCUGAUAAGUCUGAGGGGAGGGUGGGCGUUAUAGCCCAGGACGAAUCAAAAGCCGUGCAGUCCGCGCCUGCAUGGAGUCAAUAUGACAACAACGAAGAAUAUUGGAAACUGAUGGAGGCCUUGGGAAAAUGUGCCAAAGAAACUGGAAAAACAAUUCCACAGGUGGCUAUUAAAUGGCUACUUCAAAAAGAUGUGGUUCCAUCAGUAAUAAUUGGAGCCACUUCAGUCAAACAGUUGGAAGACAACAUUGGGGCAGCUUCAAACUGGCGACUCUCCAAAGAACAGAUGGACGAAAUUGACAGUCUUUCCCAGCCAGAUAUUCCCUAUCCGUAUGAGAUGUCAUGGCGCUUCAACAAAAUUAGAAUCAAUCCAUUUUUCCCACAGGCUUACGUACAAAAUAAACUGUAAAUAAUCGACGACAUCGUCCGGUGUACGCAUUGAUCAUACUUAAGUUUUCAAAAUGAUGUGGCAUUGGCACAAAACAUCGUUUUGAAUCAAAUCAUGAUAUAAAAUGAUGAUAAUCGUAGAAUUGUUUUUAAGAUUCAUUAAAUUUGAUUACAUUGAUGGCCAAUAUUGAGAACAGAUAAAUACUUUUGUUGGAAUUAAAGCAAAAUACUUAUACAUCA